CCGCCCGCGACGGGGCUCGCGCUCCGACAUGGCGGCGGCCGAGGGCGGCGGCGGCUGCGGGGGCUGCGGGGGCUGCGGGGCGCGGCCCGACCCCGCCGUGCAGCGCGCCGAGCUGGGGCCGCUGCUGGCCACGGCCCUGAGGCCGGGGGAGUCCUGGUUCCUGGUGGACAGCCGCUGGUUCAAGCAGUGGAAGAAGUACGUGGGCUUCGACAGCUGGGACAUGUUCGGCGCGGGCGAUCCCGGCCUUUACCCGGGGCCUAUCGACAACUCGGGUCUGUUCAGCGAUCCAGAAACUCAGAGUUUAAAAGAACACCUCAUUGAUGAGCUAGAUUAUGUGCUGGUUCCCACUGAAGCCUGGAAUAAACUGAUAACGUGGUAUGGCUGCAUAGAGGAACAGCAGCCUAUUGUGAGAAAAGUGGUGGAAUAUGGUCUGUUUGUGAAGCACUAUAAGGUUGAAGUUUAUCUUCUUGAGCUGAAGCUGUGUGAGAGCAGUGAUCCUGACAAUGUGAUUAGCUGCCACUUCAGCAAAGCAGAUACUGUUGCUACCAUCGAGAAAGAAAUGAGAAAACUAUUCAAUAUCCCAGCUGAGAAGGAAACUAGGUUAUGGAACAGGUACAUGAGUAACACUUACGAGCAGCUCAGCAAGCUGGAUAGCACAGUGCAAGAUGCAGGACUCUAUCAGGGUCAGGUUGUUCUAAUAGAAGUGAAAAAUGAAGAUGGCACAUGGCCUGGACAGCAUUUCCUGGCAAAAUCAAGCACUGCAACUAGCAGAAACUUUACUACCUCUUCAAAAUCAUCAACAAGUUCUUAUUCCUCAGUGUCUGCCACUUCUGUCAUUACUAACGGUGAUAGCAGUAACUCCUAUGGACUGAACAGCUCCCAGAUGGGCAGGGGAGGUUCUGGAUUUGUCUGUAACUCUUACAGCUGCAGGGACAGUGCUCCCCUGUCACAGCCUGGACUCUGUGGGCUUAGUAACCUUGGCAAUACCUGCUUCAUGAAUUCUGCAUUACAGUGUCUCAGCAAUACCCCUCCUCUGACCGACUACUUCCUGGAAGAUAAAUAUGAAGCUGAAAUAAAUCAGAACAAUCCACUGGGAAUGAGAGGAGAAAUUGCAGAAGCCUAUGCAGAGCUCAUUAAGCAGAUGUGGUCUGGGAGACAGUCUCAUGUGGCCCCACGUAUGUUUAAAACACAGGUUGGCCGAUUUGCUCCUCAGUUUUCAGGAUAUCAGCAGCAAGAUUCCCAGGAGCUCUUGGCUUUCCUUCUAGAUGGCUUGCAUGAGGAUUUGAACAGAGUGAAGAAGAAGCCCUACUUGGAGCUGAAGGAUGCCAAUGGCAGACCUGAUUCGGAGGUGGCGAAAGAGGCCUGGGAGAAUCAUAGGCUGAGGAAUGACUCUAUCAUUGUGGAUAUUUUCCAUGGUCUUUUCAAAUCUACCCUUGUUUGUCCCAAAUGCUCCAAAGUUUCUGUGACCUUUGAUCCAUUCUGUUACUUAACCCUUCCACUGCCCUUGAGGAGAGAUCGUCUCAUGGAAGUGACCCUGGUAUAUGCAGACCCGCAGUGUAGACCUGUCCAGUACCGGGUCGUGGUGCCGAUGAUGGGGGCCAUCUCAGAUCUGUGUGAAUCACUCUCCAAACUCUCUGGUGUUCCUGCAGAAAAUAUGGUGGUGACAGACGUGUAUAAUCAUCGAUUCCACAAAAUCUUCCAAAUGGAUGAAGGUUUAAAUCAUAUCAUGCCAAAAGACGACAUCUUUGUAUACGAAGUUCGCAGGCCAAGUGAGGAUGGUGCUGAGUGUGUUACUCUCUCAGUUCACUUUCGGGAAAAGACAAUGAGGCAAUCCAGCAAUACUACAGGGACUGUACUCUUUGGUCAGCCACUAUUAAUAUCUGUGCCGAAACACAAGCUCACUGUGGAUCACUUGUACAGGGUGGUUUUGGAGCAGAUCAGCCGCUAUGUGAAGUUCCCUUUGGUGGAAGAAUACUCUACACCCUGCCCAGACAAAGGCACCUGCAAUGGCUCCAAUGGUGUGGUUGAAGGUGACAUUGAAGAGAUGGAGCAUCAGGAUGGUGGGCAGGAAGGCAAGGAAAAGGUGGUGGAAGCUGAUCCCUGCCACUCUGAGGGCUGUAUGCAAAUCGAGUCAGCAGGAGACCUGCAGCCUUGCAAGAAGCAGCAUUUCACUUUUAGCCUCAUGAAUUCCUCUGGGACCUCUGAGUUAAACUCCAUUGUAGAAGGAAAAGUCCUAAAACUGAAUGCUUUUUCUGCACUUGCUAUUGACUGGGACUCUGAUACACGGAGGCUACUUUUUGAUGAGCAGGAGGCACAGGCAUUUGAAAAACAUGCAAGUAUGUCACAACCACAGAAGAAGAAGGCUGUGGUCGCCCUCAGAGACUGCAUAGAGCUCUUCACCACUAUGGAAACGCUUGGUGAACAUGACCCAUGGUACUGCCCUAACUGUAAGAAACAUCAACAGGCCACGAAGAAGUUUGACUUGUGGUCUUUGCCCAGGAUUUUGGUAGUGCAUUUAAAACGGUUCUCGUACAGCAGAUACUGGAGAGAUAAACUUGACACUGUUGUGGAAUUCCCUAUCAGGGGUUUAAACAUGUCCGAGUUUGUCUGCGACCCAAGAGCAGGCUCAUACGUGUAUGACCUCAUUGCAGUUUCAAAUCACUACGGAGCCAUGGGAGUGGGCCACUACACUGCCUAUGCAAAGAACAAAGUGAAUGACAAGUGGUACUACUUUGAUGACAGCAGCGUAUCCCUGGCUUCAGAAGACCAAAUAGUGACAAAAGCUGCAUAUGUGCUGUUUUAUCAGCGCCGAAACAGCGAGGAACAUCCUGCCCCAUCUCCUCCCCAGGAAGAGUAUGAUGGCAUGGACACCAACUAGACAUCACCUCUAGCACUUGGCCACCAUCUUAGCAGUUGCUCUUCUAAAGCCAUGCCUGAGGCAUCUGAAAAUUUUUCUUCCUUCCGUAGGAGUCAAGCAGAAAAUCUAGCACUGAAAGAUUCAGUGCUGAGGGUUGCAGAAUAGCACUGGAGGGUCAGGAAUAGGUGCUGACACUUGGGUGUUUAGAGGCCAAAAAUUAUAUAUAUUGGAGCUUCAAUAAAGAUCUUUUUAAAAUCUGGCUGAGCUGUGUGGCUAGAGGCAGGGGUCAGGGCUGAGCUGGGCUGGAGCUGUGGGUCUUGGGCUGGGUGUUGUAGCUGGUGUUGGUAGAGCACAGCCUGAGCUGGAGGCUAGGUCACAGCUGAGUCUUGCAGGGGCUCAUGGAGGAGUAUGGUGGGUAUGAUUCUGUGAAUCGGUGUGGGGCUUCUGCCAGCCCUCUGUUGCUGUUGGGCCCUGCCUGUGUCAGGAAGACUUGCUGCACCCUUCUGCAAGCUCAGUUCAAAUCUCGGUACAUCUGGCCUGUCUGUCCCAGGCUCCGCUGUUGUACCUUGGUCCCCUUGCUAUGCAGCAGAAGUUUCUCGUGUCCUUUCAUCGAUGCAUUUGAGGCUCUUUUGGGCAGUUCCAACUCAGCCUUUUUCAUGUGAACACUGCAUCCUGUAAUGUAGGAAGCUUCAGUGGAAGUGAAUCACACCUGAGUGGAUGGCAUGUGUGCAGGCUGAUCCUCACAGCGGUGCAGGACACAGCUGCUCUGGCUCUGGUUCCCAUUCUGCUGCAGAGAAAGUAUCAUCCAUAACAUCAGUGAUUUCUUGUGUUCUCCAUCCUGUCUCUCCUAUACAACUCACUUCCAGGCUGCUCUGUAAGCACUUUUCUGCCUCCACUAUUUAUCCUAUGGUUUGUGUAGUGGCAGCAUUUUUAUCCUUUUUUGCUCAUUUGUGUGACUCCUCGUAGCUUUUUCUCCAGCAAAGCUCAGUGCUGUGUCCCCAGAGCUGUUGCCUCUAAGGAGGACAGCCCAGUGCAAUGAAUUGUGGGAGGUUUCAGCCUUUUCUCUUGCGACUUUUGUUUUUUUCAUACUGCUCCCUCAGCCUUUCUCCUCCACCUCCCUUGAGCACUGCCCUUUAGGUCUCCCACCAUAUCAUCUUCUGUGAGGCUGUGGGUGUCAUGGUCAUGUCUGAGGUCUCUCUCUGCAUUAGCUGCUCAAUCGUUCUCCAUCCUUUCAGCCCAACUAGUAAAUGCUCUUCCCUCUGUCCUUUAUGGUCUGUGUUACUUGUAGGACUCAAGUCCAGCUUUUAUCUUGAAUGAGGACUCCUGUGAGCACUAGAUCAGGUCACUCCUCAGUGGAGAACUGGUCUUCCAUGUGAAAAAAGGGAAAAAUCCAGAGCCUUAGCCCAUGAUUUUAGGGAAAGAUCUAGCUCAAGGUGGUGAACCUAACAGGAGAGUUUUUCCUUCUUGGAGAUGAGUGCAUUGGCAGAACAGAAGGCUAAGACAGGCUACUGCCCUGCUUGUUUUUCCCCCAAAAUGUGUGCUUGCAGCCUCUCAGUGCCCUGCGCACAGUCCCUGUGGCUUCACUGCUGACCACAACCUUCUCUGAUGGUCAGUGUAACAGUGGCCAUCCUUUUAGCUCCAAAUACACCAGCUCAGCUCAUUUUCCACAGCUCUCAGUAACAAGCCCCAUAGCAAACUGUUGUGUGCUUGUCCCUGCACCUCUGCUGUGCUGCAGCCCAGCAAAAGCCCAGCCAGCUACUCCUGAUCUUCUCCUGCUCCGAGCAAUGGGAAGGGAGGGCAGCAGCAUGUGACCCCUCAGCCAGGUAAUGGGGAGGAGGAGGGAGGGCUGCCUGUAGCUGGCAAACUUCUGUUGUGGUCCUCUUCCAUGGAAUUUUGCUUUUAAAGUGUUGGAAUUUGGAGAUCAGAAUUGCUUAGUUGCUUCUGCUGUUCUGAUUUGGGGUUAUUUGGGAUUUUUACAACUCUUAAUCUUGUAUUUCUGUUUUUUUCCUUGUUACUGAGAGGAGCAUCCAAAAAGCAAUUUUGUAAGCUGUAGCACUGCACUGAGUUACUCUGAUCAGCAUUUUUUCAUUCAUGUUAACCUGUAAGAAAAUCAUGUGGGCAUUCCAAAAUGGGAAAGAGAGGAAAGGGAGGGGAGCAAAACACUUUUUUUUAAAGAAAAAUCAAUCUGAAAUAGCUUUUGUCUUCUUCCUCACCUCUCUACCUGUGCUGACACUGAGAAUCUCAUCAGUGGGGCUAAAUCUCUGAUGCUCAGCUGCUGAACAGACUGUUGUACUGCAGAAAAACUGGCCCAGCUCUUACCUUCUCUGCCUCUGAGCUGAUGGGCUUCGGCUGGUGUGUGUGUGCUGUAAUACCAGACCUGUUUUUUAGACUAGCACUUUGUAAGUGGCUGGCUUUAUUGUACAAAGAGGAAAAUUAAAGAGUGGUUUGCACUGAAA